AUGCUUCUUUCGAGUGGAUUUCCCUCUCUAUUCUGCACACAUCAUGUCUCGACAGUCGAAUGUCUCCUCAAGAGCAAUUCGCCUUCGGCCAAUGAGGGGGAGGCUCAGGUGGGCCUGCGCACGCAUGCGUCAAUGGGGCGCGCCAAACUAGCCCACUUGGGCACACGCGUGAGCGUGCGUCAGUUGGGGCGUCUGCGCGCGCGGGCGCGUCGCGCCUCCCAAAGCGCAGCGCAGGCUUGA